UAACUUGUCUCGGUCUCCUAACCCGUCUACUCAUAAAACGACGCCAGUUAGCACCGUUUCAUCCCUCGUUGUCUGAGGUUCUGACCUGCUCACAAGCAUUGCCAUUUUAACUUACUAAGCCUUAUCCGAACUCUUGCGAACGGUUUGUGCUACUCUUCCUGACGAGUAGUUGAUACUUCACUUGUUACAAGACAAGAUGAACCACUAUUGCGUCAAAUACUUGUGUCUUUUUCUGUCGCUUGCUCUCCCUCAAGCUUCUUUCGCGCUCCUAACUGGAUUCAAUUAUAAAAAUUUACCAUACCAAAGUGAUGGUGCCGCUGGGCAAACCGGUUACAAUCAAUGUGGCACCAAAGCUCAUCCAAACAGUCAUUGCCAGAACGCGUUCAUCAAUCAGCCGAGGACUUUUGCAUCUUCGCACCACCGAGACCCCUAGUCGUAGGUGAAGCCGAGCGUAUAGCUGUCUCUUACUGCUCAAAAGAUGGCUAUGGGACUCGCCUGAUCCCACCUGGAACUUUCAAGAAUUUACACUUUGUUCGCACUCCACACUAUGUCCAAAUUACCGCCCUUGGUAACUUCACCAAAGUCAAUGUUCCAAAGGGUGAUGAGGGCGGCGAAUUAGACCCUUCGGGGGCUGACAAUCACGGAAACCCCGUCGGUGGAUUAGUAUUUGGCGAACGCGGUCAGUUUAACCAUUGGACCGAGUUCAUUGCCUAUGAUGAGUUCUGUAUCAGAGCUUGUUUUAAUACACCCGAAUCCCCGAGAUAUUGCCAGCAUAUCUAUGACUUGGAAGGAUGUGCCUGGAACAUACCCGGUAACUACGACGGCCCUGGAUUUGACGAAUGCGAGGGAGAAGACGUCCCUCUACCUAUGGGUGAAUACCGCCGACCCGAUGGGUCAAUUUACACUUGGCAGCGGGGUAGCGCACCUCAGCCUCCACCAGGUGCCCCUGGUAAACUGAAAAAAUGCAAGAGUGUCCAUGCCCCAGGCUUGAACUACCCACGAUCAAAAAGAUUUGAACGAAACAGUUAGCCUUUGAGUGGUUACUUGGAUGGACAACAUGAUCGUCACAAAAUUAUUGAACAUUGCUGUCUAUUUUAGCCCUUUGUCUUACCCCUUUGCCUGUAUAGGUUUGGAGAUUGAUAAAUUUCUUCAUUUACUUCACUUUUUAUUUUGGUCAUGUAAAAUGUAGCAGCUUUUUUAUCAGUUUCAAGCUCAGUUCCUCAUUUAAGCUGCCUUGGAGUUGUGAUGUGGUCAUCUGAUUCUUUUGGGACUAGAUAGUGGCAAUGCAUCAUGCAACAAUGAAG